AUGCCACCUGCAGUUAGGAGAGGAGCAGCAUGGGCCAACUUCGGUGUUCAGUGUGUACGCCACAUCUCCCCCGACCACGGCGAGACGUACGCCUCGACGGCCUCUUUCCUCCUUCGCCUACUCGUCGACGAUCGACACGUGUGCCUCGUCGCAGUCGCUAAACCUCUCCCAGCUCCUGAAGCUCCACUACCCGCUGCUGCAGAUCUUGCUAUCGCCAAGAGUCGCAAAGUUGACAUCCCCGCCUCUCCGUCCUCUAGCGCCUCUUCCGGCGCUGCCACGCCGACAUCCCUACCUGAUCCUGAUGAUGUAGCUGAAGAAGAAUUUGAUUCGCUCCGUCUAGCUGACGAGGCCGGCUCGGGUCUCUCCUCAUCCCCGAACGCAGCAACUUCAUCGUUGUUUUCGACACUAGGAGCUCCAGUAGCACCUCAAACUCGAAUGACCAACCCCCGCGAUCAUAAGGGGAGGAUUAACAACACUCCCGCAACCUCGGUGUUUUCUGAUAUUUUUGCUGAACGAGGUCAUCCAUCCGCCCACCUAAAGCAACAACAUCCCUUGCCUGGACCGGUAGAGACUUGUUCAGCCCCUGUCAAGAAAGUUGUUUCUCUGCCUUCAGGGGGUGGAGUGGAGACUGAGACGAUUCUUGGUGUUGUUUCUGCGCAACUCAGUGUGGGCACAGUAGCGUGUGGGCACAGUCUCUGGGGUCAAAAGAAGGAAAAGCAAAGCGAGGUGCGGGCGUUGAUUGAUGUUCAUUUGCUCACUCUUGCUACUGCGCCGGAAGAGAGGGGCCAAGGGUUAGGUGCGAAAUUGUUGGCGACGCUGCAUGGGGAAUGUAUGAGUAAAGCUAGACUUAUGGCUAUGCGGUUACCUUCCAAAUCCAAAUCUCCUCUGCCUACAAUCCCUCCGCUCAGUCCGAAGUUUGUCGAUGAAGCGACACUGCCCCCUGCAGGCAUCACUGGAAUGGGAGAAAACUCGACAAGAUCGCCAUAUUUAAGAGCGCCAUUACCUCGACCGACACUUUCAGAUCUAAAACCCGGCAGGCCUGUAAAUGGCAAGUAUCUAGCAAGAACCUAUCUAGAAGUUCACCCGAGUAACAUUCAUGCGCUAGCACUGUAUACAGCUCAUGCAUUCAACGCUCCCACAGACGAUAGUAAAGCGGUGAAAAGAGGAUUCUAUAGGGGUGAUAGUCGAAUUAGUACUGCAGAGAGGGCCAAGAGAGGUGGUACGGAUGCAUGGAUUUUGCAGAGAUACGAUGGUCUGCUUUCCUGA